AUGGCACCAUCAGCAUCACAGCAGGAGCGACAGCAGGAUGGUGCUCUUGUCAUCCAGGAGCCAGUGGCCGCGGUGGCGAAAUCCCCUGAAAUAGAGGACCUGGAUGACAGCGCCAAGUCCUCCCUGGGACACAGCUCUGGCGCCUUGGCACGCUCGGCCAACAGGCGUAACAAGUACGACUUCACCGACUCCAUGUCAGGCCUGCAGCUACUGCGACGGGGCCCGGAGGCCCAGACGUCGGCUCUCGCCACCGAAGUCUGGCGCCUCAUCCACGAGCUGGAGGACGGUGACCACCAGAUCGUGUUCCAGUGGGUCCCGGGCCACGCGGGAGUGACUGGGAAUGAGACUGCGGACCGCCUGGCGGCGGAGGCCGCAACCGAAGACCAGGCACGGGUGGCCGUCGACCUGGCCAGCGCCCGCGGAGCGAUCAGGCGCCACGCCGUGGAGAUGGCGCGCGCCCGCGCCCGAGACGCCCACCCGUUCCCGGCUGCCACCCCGGGGCACGACGAGAUGACGCGCUGGGAGUCGGUCACGGUCUCCCAACUGCGUACCGGAUGUUCGCCACUCACCCGGGAUACGCUGCUACGGCUGGAGCUGGCGGAAGACGACCGCUGCCCUGCCUGCUCCGAGCCCGAUAGCGUCGAGCACCUACUAACGGAGUGUCCCGCAUGCUCCCGCACCCGAGGCCGGCUCUGGGGUUUCACGCCAACACUCCGUGAAAUCUUCCAGGAGCCGGCCAAUAAAAUCACGGAGUUUCUCCGAGGAUCAAAAAGCCCGGCGCAAAAACAGCCUCUGACCAAUAUCGCCUAG